UACGUCUUCCAUUGGCGUUCUUUCAGCCCCUCAUUUCCCCGAACCAUGAUCAUGAGAGUCGUGAGAUCAUAAACACUUAUUGGAGAAAUCACCUCACUUUUCGGGUUUGCCCCCUUCCUAUUGCCGCUUUUCCAUCGCAACCUGCGUGAAAUCACGACAACGCCUCGCACACGUCGUACGCACCAAGCUCAUCGUUUGCCUCUCUUUGUCACACAUAUCAGUAGAAGGUGUUGGCCGACCAUACGGCUUGCCAGCAACAGCCGAAGCAAGUAUCCCAUGAGGCCCAGCUUAGCCCAUAGACUGUCGAGAUCGCUCAGAAUGGCUCUUCACCCGGCCCCCGAGAGUAAGAAGCUCAUUUUCGCCCCCGCCGGCUCGGCCCAGAACACGCGCGCGGACCAGUUCACGCUCGCGUCCCUGUCCCGCGCCUCGCUGCACCCCUCGUCACCCAUCCCCCAGUUCCACGACUGGUUCACGACGGCGCAGCAGUCUCACGCGGUGCCGCACCCGGAGACGUGCACCCUCUCGACGGCAUCGCUACCUUCGGGGCGCGUGUCGGCGCGCAUGGUGUACCUCAAGGAACUUGACGCGCGCGGCGGCUUCGUUGUUUACACGAACCUCGGCACCUCGCGCAAGGCGGCCGACCUCGCGACCAACAAGCACGCGAGCUUGACCUUCUGGUGGGAGGCGUUGCAAAGGCAGGUCCGCGUUGAGGGUGUCGCCGGUCGCCUGAGCCCCGAGGAGAGCCAGGUCUACUUCGACACGCGCGUCCGCGGCAGCCGGCUAGGCGCAUGGGCCAGCAGGCAGAGCCAGGUGCUGGAGCCGCGGCCCGGCGUCGCGGGCGACGGCGAGGACGACGGGCGAGCACAGCUCGAGGACUGGGUGAGGGAGGUCGAGGAACGGUUCGAGGGCGAGGAGAAGAUUCCCGUGCCGGACUUCUGGGGCGGCUUGCGCAUCGUGCCGGAGAGGAUCGAGUUCUGGCAGGGCAGGGAGAACCGGCUGCACGAUCGCUUCGUAUACGACAAGGCCGAGGGGGAGGGGGAGGAGUGGAUCAUUAACCGGCUGAGCCCUUAAGCUUGUCAAGUGUUUAGGACCCUGACGAGGGCUUUGGGCCCUGGCCGUUGACAUUGUCGUUGCCGUCAUCGUUUACAUGCAUUCAUGAGGUUGGUUUGGGGAAAUGGUGCAUUCGAGCAGACGGCAUCAGGUCCUCGCCGGGACACACAAGGACAGACAGUUUGCAGCGAGUCACGGAAAAAUGUCGGUACAUGACCGUAGAUGGAUGGAUCCAGGUUUGGAAGUGCAAAAUUUUGAAUGAUGUGCCUUUGCAGGACAACAUUACCAAAUAGGA